AUGGGAGUGGAGGGAGAAGAAGGCAUUGGAAGUGGUGAAUACUCUUUGCAGGUAGAAUGCAGAGAACGCAGAAUGCAACUUCGAUCAAUCGGUUUGGCGGAAAAUAAAAUGAAAAAAUUGUUUGGUUAUGAUGUGUUUGCCGACACGAUGAGGGUGUAG